AUGUUAUCUUCAUACUAUGAGUUGAAACUGGCAUUGCGUACGAAAGGUCAUUUACUAUUAGGAGUUGUUCGAAUUUAUUCUCGUAAAACAAAAUAUUUAUUAGCUGAUUGCAAUGAAGCAUUUAUCAAAAUUAAAAUGGCAUUUAGACCGGGUAUUGUCAGCACGAACAGUGCUGGAGGCGAAGUAUCAAUUGCAGCUAUUACUCUACCAGAAAACUUCCAUGAAUUUGAUGGUCUGAUUGACCUGGAUAUAGAUUAUAUCGAUGAUCCAUCCCGUUUUCAACUUCACCAAGCUCAUGCCGAAGAAAUUACAUUAAAAGAUUUUAUAUCAGUACCCAUACCACUAGAUGAUGAUUUUGAACUUGGUUUUGUUCCUACAUCGGCAGCCGUCGCUGAUUGUGUACGGUUACAAGAUGCAUCAAAUUCAAGAUAUCAUAUUGAUAUUCUAAAAUCACCGGAAUUUGGCCCAUUGCCUAAAGAUCAUAUUGAUAAACGUUUUACAAUGGCUAACAUUUGUGAUUUGUCAGCGUUAAUGGAAACAAAAUUAUUGGCAUAUUGUGGUAGACGUGUUAUGAGUGAUGUUGUGCAAAAGGCUGCUUCUGGAAAAGAUCUUAGUGAUUUACUCCAGUUAAUUGUUUUUAAUAAUCUCACUCGUGAUUAUUGCAAAGAGCUGCCGAAACAUGUUCAAACAAUAUAUUUAGAAGUAUUUGAUAAUCUAUGUGUAUCUGAUGUAAAAGACACUCCCGUAACAGAUCAAUUAACGUCAUUAUUAACAUCUUAUCAAGAAUCAAAAUCAAAAACGGGAAACGAAAUAGCGUUAUGCAUUCGAGAUUUAGAAAAAAUCUCAAAACUGAUAACUGAACAUCAUCUUGAGCAAAAUUUUGCUCAGAAUUUACCCGAGCAUGUCAGAAAGACAUUUCAGAAAAUACAUGCUGAAUAUUUUUAG